CAGGCGACUGUUUGACCAUAGGGAGGACAUGGCAGUGGAUGCAGGGGGCAAGGGAGGAGACAGAGGCGGCAUGGGGGGAGUGGGGAUGGCGAAUGGGAUGGGGAAGGAUGGCAUGGGAGAGGGCAGCAUGCACAUCCACUCAAGGGGCGGAAUGCUCGAGGGGGAUGGCAUGGCUUCAUCAGUCGACAUGAUGGGUAGCAUGGGAAAUGGCAUGGCGAAUGGCAUGGUGAUGGGCAUGGGUGGCGGCAUGGAUGGCGGCAUGGGUGGUGGCAUGGGUGGUGGCAUGGCUUACCAUGGUGGGACGUGGGGCGAUGGAGGCGCCGAGGAGCAAGGAGGGCAAGUGAAUGGUCCAGUGUAUCUCGAAGGCACGGAAGGGACGAAGGCUCAUGCGGUUUAUGGCACAGGGGCAGCGGCAGGUGGGUUGGUGGGAUGGGGCAGCGUAGCCAUUUAUAGCCCCGAAUUUGCUGGUAAUAGCAUCUCGGGGAGUGCCAGAAGACUCAACAGCGCAAGAAAUAGCAAUAGCAGCAACAGCAACAACAGCAGCAGCAGCAGCGGUAACAGCGGCAGCAGCAGUAUCAGCAACAGGAGCAGCACCAGAAGCAGCAGCAGCGCAAGCUCGUCGUUCCUGUCAAAAACUUCUCUGGCCAAAGCAGCAGGAGCAGUUCCGUUUCGGCCCAAGGCAGUGAUCCCCCCUCGCUUUAUCUCUCCCACUGCUCCGGCCUUCGUUCCUUCCACUGCCUCCUCUCUCUCCUCCGCCCGCUCCUCUCACUCCUCUCUGUCCUCCAACCAUCCCACUCUUCCCUCUGCCCAUUCCUCUCACUCAUCUCUCUCCUCUCACUACUCUGUGCCAUCAGCUCCUCUUCGCUCCACAUCCCCUGCCUUCACCCCUUCCAAGCUCUCACUCCAUUCCGCCCCUUUCGCCCCUUCCACUGCUUUCCUCUCCCCACCGCCCCCCUCCGCUCGCCCAUAUGCUGCCUCUACUGCUGCUGCUGCCACCGCUGCUGCCGCUGCUUCUGCCACUGCUGCUUCGGCCACUGGUGCUGCCACUGGUGCUGCCACUGCCACUGCUGCCACUGGUGCUGCCACUGGUGCUGCCAUUGCCACUGCUGCCACUGCUUCUCCUGCUGCAAACAGUGCGGCUUCUGCUGCAACGGUUGCAACAGCCUCUGCUUCUGGCUCCUUUGCUGCCUCUGCUGAGUCUCUCACCACACCAGCGAAUGCACCCUCUGCUGUUGCCCCACUCGCUGCCUCUCUCACAACCGAAUCUCCUCGCCAUCCCUCUAUAUCAACCUCAUCAACGAGUCUGUCAACUUCACCUCCUGCUGCUGCUGCUGCUGCGGCUCCAGCACCAGGAGCACCAGGAGCACCAGGAGCACCAGGAGCACCAGGAGCACCAGGAGCACCAGGAGCACCAGGAGCACCAGGAGCACCAGGAGCACCAGGAGCACCAGGAGCACCAGGAGCACCAGGAGCACCAGGAGCACCAGUAGCACCAGUAGCACCGGCAGCACUGGCAGCAGCACCAGCAGCAGCAGCACUGGCACCAGCAGCAUCACCAGCAGCAUCACCAGCAGGAGCGGCCGGCGCUGCUGCAGCAGCGCUUCCCAUCUCCAAACAGGAAGGGGCGCACCCGGCUGGAGCCUCGCUGCUGAGAGCAGGAGCUGAGGAGUGGCGAGGCCCACGGGUUGCAGGGAGCAAGGAAUCUGGUAGGGCAGUGGGAGCAUACACGCCAGCAGCAACGGGGCCUGUAGGAGGAGCACAUGUGCCAGCAGCAACAGGGCCUUUAGGAGGAGCAGUAGGGGUUGCUGCAGGGGUGAUGGCAGGUGUGAUGGCAGGUGCUGGGUUGAGCAGCAGUAUUGGGCAUGGCAAUGGGAUGUAUAGCAGUGGUGGGUAUGGCAUGACUGCUGGCAGAGCAACGCACACUGGAGGGUCUGCAGUUGCCCUUCAAAUGGGCGUUGUGACGUCAGCAGGCAUGGCAGCCUACCAGCCUGGCGCAGGCUCGGCAGCAUACCAGCCUGGCGGUGCGGCAGGCUCGGCAGCAUACCAGCCUGGAGGUGCGGCAAGCACGGCAGCAGCCGUGGCUACUGGGGCUCCACCUGCUGGCGGUGGCUUUGCUAAUUCCAGUGGAGGGGGAGGGGUGCAAGGAAUGGCGACCACUCAUGCUGCUGCUGGUGCCAUGGCAUGGCGCCAUGCUACAUGGCAUGGUAUGGUCGGGUCUCCUCCCGCUACAUGGCAUGGAAUGGUCGGCUCUCCUCCUGCUAGAUGGCAUGGCAUGGUCGGCUCUCCUCCUGCGGCUCAUGCAGGGCUGCCUAGUGCGCUUCCGUCAUGGCAUUUGGGAAUGGGACCUACCAAUACCACAGCUGUCCCCUCCGCUGCUUCCACUGCUGCUGCUGCUGCUGCUGCUGUCAAUUACACUGGAGCUGCUUUCGGGGGCCAUGCUGUGCCUGAGAUGUCGUUCGGCAUUCCUUCCGAACCUGGAAGUUUAGCUGGUUCGGAGGUCUGGUCCGGGACUGGUGUACUUGGUCCGGAUGCUGCAGCUGGGGCUGGUUGGAGUCCUCCUGACGCAUAUGCAGGUUCGGCAGCCGCUUGGGCAGGUAUGGGAGGGCAUGUUGGUUCGGGUAUGUGGUCCGGGAUGAAUGAUGGUGCAGCAGCUGCUACUGCAGUGGGAAUAGGUGGGGUACUGGGAGGGAUGUGGCCGGGUAUGGGGGAAGUGGGUGUGCAGGGUAUGGCUGCUGGCAUGGUACCAGGGGGGUGAUGAUGGGUGGGUAUGGCAUGCAUAUGCAUAGUGCAGGCGAAGUUGAUGGGAGUUAUGAUGGGAGUGGUGCCGCAAGUGUUGGCUUUACUGCUUUGCAUUGUCCGAUAUGUCAUGGUUACCUUGCCACAUCUCCGACUGAUUUGGCGGCUCAUUUGGAUCAUUGUGCUCAUUAUAACCACUAAGGCCUUACCUAUACUCUGAUGCUUGAUUCAUUUACACGUUGCUGUUUAUUAUGUGCUUCUCUUGUCUCUCUUCUGAAUCUCUUCUCUGAUUGUCUUACUAGUGUACAUUGCCUUGUUAAUAUUUGUGGAAAGUGAU